CUUAACUCUUAUGUGUUUUUUCUCUCUCUCGAUGUCACAAAACUCAAAGACAUAUCCAUUUGAGUCCACGAAAUAAAUAUUUACUGACUUUUCUAUUAUGUAAUUCGCAUUCAUCCUCCGCACGACUGUUAUAUACCUUUUAUUUAGUUGCCUCUCGUUUUUUUCGUUAUACCUAUUAUUUCCUUUUAAUUUUCAUUUUGCUUCUCUCUCAACAAGAAUAUUCUGUGAUUUUUAUAGCCAUAUACUGUAUGAUACGAUAGCAUAAUAUGCCUAUUAGUCGUCAAGCGAGUGAUGAUGAAUGCAAUCAAAACGCUCAUAAUUCCGAUGUUGUCCACAAAUGUUCACACGUUGAGGUCGCCAUUGGUGUGUCCGGCCAACUGUCCACUGAAAUGUCCACCGAGUUGUCCACUGAUACGUCCACUCAGGUGUCCACCGAUGCGAACAAAUAUGACGAACAAUGCCUUCCCAUCGAAGAAUACGAACCUGAAGACAAUAACAACGUAAACCCAAACCCGAAAGUAGUGAAACAACUGAAGGGUUUGGCGGAAGCGUUCGCCAAACGGGGCGAACACGUGAAGCGCCGGAUCAGUCAACCCGUCCAGACGUCGAGCCCCGAAGACUCGACCGGCAGUUUCAAGGGGUCGGCCGUAUUCGAGGAGGAAUGGAUGCAAACGUUGGACAUCACCCGCGCCGCCCAAUUGAAGAAGUCGGCGCUCAAGGAGUUCUGGCACCGGUUACGGCGCCGGGAGUUGGGCGUGUUCGAGCCCCAGAGCUCCAUAUAUAUUAGCUGGCUGUUUGUGGUGAGCGUGGCCUUUGGCUACAACGCG